CUGACUCUGAUUUACGACAACAGUAACAGAUUACUCAAAUCUGGUUUUCUGUGUGAAAGUUGUUUGGUUGAAAGCCAGCUUCUGUUUCUCAUGAGCAAAUUUAGAACAUUCUUUUAUUUCUCUCUCAGUCCGAGGGCCUGGCAAAGCAUGUGGAUUCAUUUACAAAGAUGUUGUCCUUGUUACAACUCAAAGAGAGGAUUCAUUUUGUACUAGCCCCGAUACUGGUGGAUGAUUCAUCUAGUGUCAACUUAUUGAGGUAUUUGGAAUCAUUCUUUGAGUGCACUGAGAAUGAUUUUGAUGUUGUUCUAGCUGAGAUAGAGAAGGAAAUUAGCAUGGCAGAUAUAAUGAAGGAACUGGGCUAUGGAUGUACAACUAAUACUUCAGUCUGUAAAGAGAUGCUCUCUCUCUUUUCACCCCUUAAUGAAGUUACUCCAUUUUCAACAUUCUGCUCUACUCUUAGUAGUAAUUCGACUGUUGAUUCAUCAUGGUUGAGCUCUUGGAAUGUUGGAACAUUCAUUGGUAGAAAGGAACAACCUUGUGCAGAGGCGAUUGACAAGCUUCCUUUAGUCCUCGGUGUUCUUGAAGUCGUAAGAAUCGGUUAUACAAGGGUAAGUUUGUAUUUGUUGUUUCUUUUCUCCCUCAUCAGAUAUAGGUGACUUGAUGAUGACUCAUGUAAUGAUCGUCGAACCUUAUGUUUGGGC